UUCAUGCAUGUUCUUACAGUAAAAAAAUACUCCGGCCGGAUGAUAAAGACGGAGGAGUUUCGUAUUGAGUGUUGUUCCUGCGUCAAUCAUAAUUUAUGUAUAAAUCCAGCUCUAGAGAUACAGAAGCUCCUCAGCUGGGUAGAGUUUUAACACAAAAGUUUAUGAAUAUUCACAAAAUAGUCACAAAUUACAGCAGACAACUGCAUGCUAAACUAAUUGCAACGUUUUUCUACAACUAAUUAGCAUAAUACAUACAGACAAUGUCAUGAUUAUUUGACUGUCAUCAGUGGGGUACUACUUAAAAAUAAAUGCAACGAAAGGAUAUGAAUUUAAGUUGUCUCAAAUUAGUUCUAGUUCUGCAAUCUCCUCAAAUUCAACUCUUAAGACUAAGUUAAAUAGUGUUGUCAGGUUUCGUGCUUGUGAAAGUCUUCAGAUUUGUAAAAUUUAAUUCCCGAUGAAAAAAAUGCUACCUGGCAUCGGAGUGUUUGGGACAGAUCCGGUGGUGAAAAUAUUAGUCCCUUACCUACAAGCGAAGGGUUUUAGGGUGGAAGCUAUUUGGAGUUUGACAUUGCAUGACGCCGAAUCUGCUGCAAAAGACUUAUCCAUUCCAUUCCACACGAAUAAAGUUGACGACCUCUUGAUGAGAAAGGAUGUCGAAUUAGUUCUGAUACUAUGUCCACCAAAUCUUCAUUCGCAAAUUGCCGUUAAAGCGUUAGGCAUAGGGAAACAUGUCAUGUGUGACCGACCUUCAGGACUUUCUCAAUGCGAAGCUCUGAAAAUGGUCCUGGCCCAGCAGUACUAUCCGUCACUCAUCGGCAUUCUCAACCACUCCCUUCGUUUUCAUCCAGGUUUCAUCCAAAUGAAACGAAACGUGGAAAAGUAUGUUGGCCAACCAACACUGUGUCAGUGUCGAAUAGAAAUGGGUCCCAUUUUAGGCAAUCAUUUUAACUGGAUGUGUGAUGACGUUAUGGGUGGAGGCAACGUUACCCUGUUUGGCUCUCACUUGAUCGACCUAAUCACGUAUCUCACAGGACAGAAAGCAAUUAGAGUUCACGGUGUAACAAAAACGUUGACACAGAGCACACCCUUUAUCAACGGCAAUACGAGACGUAUUGCUAGUCCCGAUUUUUCAGUGAUACAAAUGGAAAUGGAUGGGGGAAUGCUGGUGUCCCUCCAUCUCACCAAUCAUCUUCCAAAAGGCCACUUUACACAGGAAGUUUUGAUAAUUGGCUCGAAAGGCUACCUCCGAGCUGAGAACGGAUCUAUUAAAGGACUUCUUUAUAAUAAUAAUUCCAAUAAAGACGUAGGACUAGAGAAAGAAAAUCUCUUAUUUGAAGACACAGAUCCUGAUACAGAUUUGCUACUUGUGGACAGAAAUGCACGCAAUGCGAUAGGGAAUGCUGUUUCAUCCCCACUCUUGCCACCGAUUUAUAUGACGGGACUCUUGAAAUUGCUAAGUUCCCUGCGAGAAGCUUUCAACACGCCCAAUGGUAAAGAGUGGAAGAGAGAGAGCAGCGUCGGGCUUCUCGGUUCCGGAUUUGAAGAUGGAUUAUACAUCCAAGCUGUAAUUGAGGCUAUUAAAAGGUCGUCAAAAGAAUGCCAAUGGGCAAAAGUGAGCAUUAUUACGGAAGAACCCGAUCCGAAUCCUGUUCUGACAGCGGCAGUGCGAACCUCGACAAUCUCAAUGUAGGAUUAGGUAACAUACAUGAAGGUCUCUAUGUGGUUGUUCGGUCCACGUUUCACACAAAUAAAUCUACUUAACGAUUUAUAGUAUUAAUUUAUGUAAUAAACUAAUUUAUACGUACAAAAUAAUA